GUUUGGGUAUUGUUUCUAAAAAAGAUUUGAAUUUUAGGCAAAUAAAUAAUGCUGAAAUGAACUCUUACGGUUCUGGUUGGCGUUUCCUUCUUCUCAGAGUAAUCUAGAGAAAAUAAGAACUCUGGUGAUAUAUCUGGCUUCAUGUCUGUCGAUCAAACCUAUCAUACUCCAAGUUUCGGGGACGAAGAGUUUGACAUUCCACCUCUCGCCUACGCGCCUGCAGCAGCCGCAACCCGCUGUAGCGGACAAGGGGUUUAUUCAAACCAGGUUCCCGUGGAGUACCUUAAGCGCAAGUUAAAUAGCGAUCCUUUCUGCGUCUACCUCCCUCGCCAGGACAGUUUCAACGACUGCAGUCUAUACAACCAACAAUCACUAUCCCACUUUCGUCCUCCUGAGUCCCUGGUGCACUCCAGCUAUCACCACUCUUCCAACAUGAAUAACGACCAAGCCUUCCACCACCAACAGCAGCAGAAUCGGCAAGACUGCUACCAAAACAACAUGCUUCAUUCCAUGUCCAUGCAAAUGUCAUAUGAUGAUCGUGGACCUUAUGCAGAGAAUCAUAUGCAACCUCCACAAAUGACUGUUCUGCACCAACAGAAUCAUAUGAUGGGGCCUCCUCAACAGACACCGAUGUUUUCUACCAUAAACCAAUCUCAGUUGGGUUUGCAGAUGGGACACCCACCUCCAAAUUCACAAGGUGGCUCACCACCGGGCUCUAAUCACAAUUCACCAGGUUUAGAAACAAGUGAGGAUAGUGAUGACAGUACACCUCUGGCACAGUUGAUGAGUACUAUGAAGCAGCGGCCUAGUCCUGAACCUACUGAAGUAAGUGUUCGAGCGCCCAAGAAACCUAAAGCACAGAAGAAGAAAAAAAAGAGGGAUCCCAAUGAACCACAAAAGUAA